UCCAAUCACACAUCACAAUUUUUCUUCUUUCCAGUUCAAAUUUUGCUCUGUUUCAUCUUGAUCAGCGUUUUAUUCUUAAUCACGAUGAAUAUCCAAUUUAUUUUUUUUACUUAUUUUAAUAAAUCGUGUUUGAUUGGAAUGUGGCCAAUUAAUCGAUUGAUUUAUUGUUGUUGGGACUGUUUGGUUUUUUAUUGUGAGAGAAUGGAAAACUGAAGGCAGAUCUGUUAAUUGUGCAAUUUUGAGUUCUUCCAACCGUCAAGAUUAACAUUAAUACAUGAAGAAAAAAAUAAUGGCUAUGGAAACUACAACUAUACCUUCUGCCCCUGCUGCACAAGUGAUUGGAAAUGCUUUUGUUGAGCAGUAUUACCAAAUUCAACACCACUCCCCAGAGUUGGUAUACAGAUUUUAUCUGGAUUCAAGUGUCUUAAGCCGCCCUAAUUCUAAUGGCGUGAUGACAUCCGUGACAACAAUGAAAAAUAUCAAUGACAUGAUAUGCUCAUUAGGCUACAAAAAUUAUAAGGCAGAGAUAAAGACUGCAGAUGCACAACAGUCCUACAAGGAUGGGGUCAUUGUAUUGGUAACUGGAUGCUUAACUGGAAAAGAUAACACGAGAAAGCAAUUCACCCAGACGUUUUUCCUUGCUCCACAGGACAAAGGCUACUUUGUUUUGAAUGAUGUUCUUAGGUAUGCCGAACAAAUGGAGACUGAUAACAGUUCAGAAAUGGUUAAUGCGGUCAAGGAUGUAGCACCCGUGCCUUUGACGCCUGAUCCAGAACCAGUUCAUGUGCUUCAGCCUCCUAAUCACAGACAUCCUAGCUCUCAUGCAGAAGAUAUAAAAAUUGUUGAGGAGGUAGUUCAUGGUUCUUUGGAAAAUGAGAAGGUAGUUGGUGAUGAAAGAGAGAUUAUGGUGGGUGCUGAAUCCCAUAUUAAUGCAGAACCAGCUACUUCAGUUUCCCGAGAAGAUGCUCCUAAGAAAUCGUAUGCUUCGAUUGUAAGUUCUCAAACAAAGAAAGGGCCCGCCAAAAUCUAUGUACCCUCUAAUUCAAGAAUGGCUCCCGCAAAGACUGAAAAGCAGCCAGUUAAGUCAGUAGCACAAGCUCCUGGUCCUGAAUCAUCAAUUCAUACUGCCUCUGGGGGUAAUGCAUCUGAAUCUAAAGAUGCUCAGUACAGAGCUGAGGGACACUCCAUUUAUAUCCGCAAUUUGCCUUUAAAUGUUACUGUUGCUCAACUUGAGGUUGAAUUUAAGAGAUUUGGACCCAUUAAGCAAGGAGGCAUACAAGUUAGAAGUAAUAGGCAACAAGGAUUCUGCUUCGGAUUUGUUGAGUUUGAAGAUUUAAACUCCAUGAACAGCGCGAUACAGGCGUCACCUGUUACAAUUGAAGGUCUUCAAGCUGAGGUUGAGAUAAAGAGAACUACAAGUAGAGUUGGUAGCGGGAGAGGUCGUUUCCCUACCGGAAGAGGAGCAGGGUACCGAAAUGAAAAUUUCAGGGGCCGUGGAAACUUUAGUGGUGGAGGUAGAGGAUAUGGUAGAAAUGAUUUUAAUGGAGGUCGUGGAGGACGAGGUGGUGAAAGUUAUCAACAAGGAAGAGGGAGAGGCGGACGAAGAGGUGGCCCAAGUCAAAUUCCUCCUUCAGCAUAGAAGUUUUUGUGUUGCAAAUUUUGACUGUGUUUCCUUCUUCAGCAUAGAAGUUUUCUGUUGCAAAUUUUGACAGAGUUGUGUUGCCAUUGGCACCAACAGGUUAAUUGUGCAGUUUAGUUUGAUAUCUUUCUUAUUGUAUUUUUUUGGUUUUCAAUUAUCGGCCUUUGUUUUCUUUCAAACUUCAACUAUCGAAUAUCAUUUUUUUCUAACUUAA